UGUAUGGCGUGGUUAAGCUUGCAGCCUGUCACCUCAGCCUUCCUCCAUUUUGGGCUGGUUACUUUUGUGCUGUUUUUGCAUGGUUUGCAGGUGGAUGCUGGCCUGACGGGAGACUCAACCAGUUCAGUACAAAACAGCUCGUGUUCAGGAUCUUUUGACUGCAAGGAAGGUGUUAUUCUGCCAAUAUGGUAUCCAGAAAACCCAUCACUUGGGGACAAAAUUGCCCGUGUUAUCGUGUACUUUGUAGCACUGAUUUACAUGUUCCUUGGAGUCUCCAUCAUUGCAGAUCGUUUCAUGGCAUCUAUAGAGGUCAUUACAUCACAAGAGAAAGAAAUCACAAUUAAGAAACCCAAUGGAGAGACCACAACGACCACCAUUAGGAUUUGGAACGAAACUGUUUCCAACUUGACCCUCAUGGCUCUGGGCUCCUCUGCUCCCGAGAUCCUUCUGUCUCUGAUAGAAGUGUGUGGGCAUGGAUUUGUAGCUGGAGACCUGGGGCCAUCUACAAUUGUUGGCAGUGCUGCUUUCAAUAUGUUUAUCAUCAUUGCCAUCUGUGUCUAUGUGAUCCCCGAUGGGGAAACCAGAAAGAUAAAACACCUGAGGGUUUUCUUUGUCACAGCUGCGUGGAGCAUCUUUGCUUACAUCUGGUUGUACAUGAUCCUUGCUGUCUUCUCUCCAGGUGUGGUUCAAGUCUGGGAAGGUCUGCUCACACUUUUCUUCUUUCCACUUUGUGUCCUUCUGGCUUGGAUAGCAGAUAGACGUCUGCUUUUCUAUAAGUACAUGCACAAAAAGUACCGUACUGACAAGCACAGGGGCAUUAUCAUAGAGUCAGAAGGUGAUCACCCUAAGGGAAUUGAGAUGGAUGGCAAGAUGAUGAACUCCCACUUUCUAGAUGGAAACUUAGUGACUAUGGAGGGAAAGGAGGUAGAUGAAUCUCGCAAAGAGAUGAUCCGGAUCCUUAAGGACCUGAAGCAAAAGCACCCAGAAAAGGACUUGGACCAGCUGGUAGAGAUGGCUAACUACUACGCCUUGUCUCACCAGCAGAAAAGCAGAGCCUUUUAUCGCAUUCAAGCUACGAGAAUGAUGACAGGGGCUGGCAAUAUUCUGAAGAAGCAUGCAGCUGAGCAAGCCAAGAAGAGCACCAGCUUGCAUGAGGUGCGGCCAGAUGAACCUGAGGAAUUCAUCUCCAAAGUUUAUUUUGACCCGUGCUCCUACCAGUGUCUGGAGAACUGUGGUGCUGUUCUCCUGACUGUGGUGCGGAAAGGAGGGGACAUGUCCAAGACCAUCUAUGUGGACUAUAAAACAGAGGAUGGCUCUGCCAAUGCUGGUGCUGACUACGAGUUCACAGAGGGGACUGUUGUCUUGAAAUCAGGGGAGACCCAGAAGGAGUUCUCAGUGGGAAUUAUCGACGAUGACAUCUUUGAAGAAGAUGAGCAUUUCUUUGUACGGCUCAGUAACCUCCGUGUAGUGGAGAGUGAAGAACCUCCAGAGCUCAGUAACUGCCCAUACCCAAAGGCCAUGUUGGCUUCUCCUUGUGUGGCCACAGUGACUAUACUGGAUGAUGACCACGCUGGCAUCUUCACAUUUGAGUGUGAUGUUAUACAUGUCAGUGAGAGCAUUGGUGUGAUGGAAGUCAAAGUCCUAAGGACAUCAGGUGCUCGGGGUACAGUGAUAGUGCCAUUUAGGACAGUAGAAGGAACAGCAAAAGGAGGUGGAGAAGACUUUGAAGACUCUUACGGGGAAUUGGAGUUCAAGAAUGAUGAAACUGUCAAAACAGUUCACAUCAAGGUAAUUGAUGAUGAGGAGUAUGAAAAAAACAAGAGUUUCUUCAUUGAGCUGAUGAGUCCCCGUAUGGUGGAUAUGAGUUUACAGAAAGGUGUCUUGCUAAAUGAGCAUGGGACCUACAGGAAGUCUGGGGAAGGACUGUUUAGAAAGGCUUAUGCUAAGGAACUCCUUCUUCUAUCAGAUGCUAUGGGAAUAGCAAAGAAAUGGGAAGAAAAAGAUCCUCUGACAGUAGAAGAGGAGGAAGCCAAGAGGAUUGCAGAGAUGGGCAAGCCAAUACUCGGCGAGCAUCCCAAACUCGAAGUCAUCAUUGAGGAGUCCUACGAGUUCAAGAACACCGUGGACAAGCUGAUUAAGAAGACAAACCUGGCUUUGGUUGUAGGGACACAUUCCUGGAGGGACCAGUUCUUGGAGGCCAUUACUGUCAGCGCAGCGGGUGAUGAGGACGAGGACGAGUCCGGUGAGGAGCGCCUGCCGUCCUGCUUUGACUACGUGAUGCACUUCCUGACGGUCUUCUGGAAGGUGCUGUUCGCUUGCGUGCCCCCCACCGAGUACUGCAAUGGCUGGGCCUGCUUCGUGGUCUCCAUUCUCAUCAUCGGCAUGCUCACAGCCGUCAUCGGGGACCUCGCCUCCCACUUUGGCUGCACCAUUGGCCUCAAGGACUCGGUGACUGCUGUCGUCUUUGUCGCCUUCGGCACUUCUGUACCAGACACGUUCGCCAGCAAGGCAGCAGCCAUCCAGGACGUGUACGCUGACGCUUCCAUCAGCAAUGUCACAGGCAGCAACGCUGUCAACGUCUUCCUGGGCAUUGGGCUGGCGUGGUCAGUGGCAGCGAUCUACUGGGCGUCACAGGGGCAGGAGUUCCAGGUGUCAGCCGGCACCCUGGCCUUCUCUGUCACCCUCUUCACCAUCUUCGCCUUCAUCUGCAUCAGCGUCCUCCUCUACCGCCGGCGGCCCCACCUUGGAGGGGAGCUGGGUGGUCCCCGAGGCUGCAAACUGGCCACAACGUUGCUCUUUGUCAGCCUCUGGCUGCUCUACAUCCUCUUCGCCACCCUGGAGGCCUAUUGCUACAUCAAGGGGUUUUAG